CUGUCUCUUUAAGUGUGAUUUCCUUCUAUUGUAUUUGAAUCGUGAUCAGGAAAAAGGAAAUGAAACCAGAGACUCGGGGCUGAGCUAAAUAAUAAUAAGGAUGAUGCUGAUCUCCGCAUCUGCGGCAUAUGCACCUAUCUCAGUCUAGAGCAUGUACAGAGCUGUCCAGGCAGAAAGCAUAAGCAAAGCAAAGGGGACUCCAGGGAGGAAAUCCUGUGAAUGUCAUUGGGGGGUGGAGGGGAAACUCAGCUGGUGAAAAGGCAUCAGGAGCAGACAGCCUUUGUCGGGGCAGAGGGGGCAGAUCCUACCAGAGACACACUACAAAGGAACAAGCCCUGCCAAUGUCAUCAGCCAUCGAGAGAAAAAGCCUCGAUCCUUCCGAGGAGCCAGUGGAUGAAGUGCUCCAAAUCCCCCCUUCACUGCUGACAUGUGGAGGUUGCCAGCAGAACAUUGGGGACCGUUAUUUCCUGAAAGCGAUCGAUCAGUAUUGGCACGAGGACUGCCUCAGCUGUGACCUGUGUGGAUGCAGGCUUGGAGAGGUGGGGAGACGAUUGUACUAUAAACUGGGCAGGAAACUCUGCAGGAGAGACUAUCUCAGACUCUUUGGCCAAGAUGGUCUUUGUGCUUCCUGUGACAAGCGAAUCCGGGCCUAUGAGAUGACUAUGCGAGUGAAGGACAAAGUAUACCACCUGGAAUGCUUCAAAUGUGCUGCUUGCCAGAAACAUUUUUGUGUUGGCGACAGAUACCUCCUCAUCAACUCAGACAUAGUAUGUGAGCAGGACAUCUAUGAGUGGACUAAGAUAAAUGGGAUGAUAUAGCCAGGACAUGCCUCAUAGUCAUCAAGAGGUAUCUUAUGGGUGGCACAAAUGCAUAGCUGCAAUGAGGAGAUAAUUGCUCAAACUAUGUGCUUUGUCUAAACUGGGGGGGAAAGACCACAGUGUAGGCCCUUUUCAGACAGCGCUACAUAGACUCUAAACUACAAGCAAUAGCAAAUAGACUGACUUCUAUUAGCAAAGGCGUAUUGACAAUAACUGACAUUAUCAGCCAUGUAGGCGAGAGUUGGGGAACAAAUACAUUGUGAUAAUGGAUUCUCAUAACUGGAAAUGCAGUAAUGACUUGUGUAAAGAGACAUUAUGACUUUGACACUCGCAGACUAGGAUUGUGCAAUUGAUUUUUCUUCCCAUCUUUUCUAGUUACUCUGUUUAGACAAUAGUUUCCAAUAUAGACAUAAGGAAGGACACUGGCGAUGAAGAGUCAGUCAGAGUCUCCAAAGCCUUAAGCUUUGUGCAGGAGAGUAAAUGGUUUUUUCGCAUGGAAAUCUCUCCCUCUCCCCUGAGAAUGAAAAGUGCAUCAUCUAGCCCCAAACAAUUCUUUCAAUAAAUUCUCAUGAAUAGCUGUUUUCAAGCAGCACUGUUUGAAGGUCAGAUGCUCCACAGAUCAUUUCUAUACAAAUAUAAAUCUAAAGAGUUGUUCAACUAUUUUAUUAAUUUAGAUUAUAUCAAUAAACUAUUUGUUGUGUGUAGUAAGAACUUGAAUGCUUUAAUAAAAACAACAAAAGGUU